AUGAGUGAAUUUGAAGAGGAACAAGAAGAAGGUCCAGCUCCAUCGCUUGCCAAAAUAAAGCAUAUCAUCCUUAUUUUGUCUGGAAAGGGUGGUGUAGGCAAGAGUUCUGUUACUACCCAGACUGCCCUAUCGUUGUGUGAAAUGGGAUACAAGGUGGGUGUGCUAGAUAUAGAUUUAACAGGACCAUCCCUUCCUAGAAUGUUUGGCUUAGAAGAUAAAUCCAUAUACCAAGACAGUAACGGGUGGAGGCCGGUUUCAGUGGAAACAAAUAAUGAGGGCUCUUUAAGUGUCAUAUCUAUUGGGUUUCUUUUAGGUGGUAGAGGUAACAGUGUUGUGUGGAAAGGUCCAAAGAAGACAGCUAUGAUCAAACAAUUUGUAAAAGAUGUUGCAUGGGGAGAACUGGAUUAUCUCUUGAUUGAUACACCUCCAGGUACCUCGGAUGAGCAUAUAUCAAUUGCUGAACAGCUGAGAUUUUCUGGUCCUGAUGGCGCGAUCGUGGUAACAACCCCUCAAGGUGUAGCUACUGCUGAUGUAAAGAAGGAACUAAAUUUCUGUAAGAAGAUUGACCUGAAGAUAAUCGGGAUCGUCGAGAACAUGUCCGGCUUUAUCUGUCCGCAUUGUGCAGAGUGUACUAAUAUCUUUUCAAGUGGUGGUGGUAAGGCCCUUGCAGAUGAAUUUUCCAUUCCAUAUCUUGGAAAUAUCCCAAUCGACCCCCAAUUUGUCGAUAUGAUCGAGAAUCAAAAGAAUAGUGAAAAGACUCUAUCUGAAUCAUACAGCGUGUCAUCUAUACACUCAAUAUUUCAUGAGAUAAUCCAGAAAGUAUUAGAUCAGAAACAUCCCGCUAGAUUCUAA